GAGCUCUAACCCACGUGACCCGCCGGGGGCGCGCACCGCCGUCUCGGUGCCGGGUCCCGCGCGGCUCCCUGGCCGAGGCGCCCUCACCGUCGUCCGUCGCCCCUGGCGGCCGCUGCGGCAGUGUCGCCCAGCCGGCGGCGCCCCCGGGGGCGAGCCUGGUCCGUGGGAGACAGAUCGAGAGAGAGGGAGAGAUCAGUUGACCUUCUAUCAGCUGAUUCACUCUUCAGUUACCCCUAAACCCAGGGAAGCCAGGAACCUGGAGCUCCAUCUGGGUCUACUAUAUGAAUGAAGGGGACCAAGCUCUUGAACAAUUAUCUACUGCCUCCCAGGAUGCAUUAGCAGGAACCUGGAUGGGAACUGGAGCAGAAAUGUUGCUGAAGUGCUGCUGAAAGGGCCAGAGAUACAAGGAUUUGGGACACAUUUUGAACCUUUAAGCUGUCUGACAUUGACCUCCUUUCAGUAUUAAUAAAGAAGAAGCAGGAGCUUAGGAGGCAUUAAUAUCAACUCAUUAAUAUACUAACCGGACAAUGUUCUGCACACAAUUCUGCAUGGGAACGAGCUGGAUUGGCACAGAAUAAAAUAAUUUCAUAUUUUACUCGCUUGUAAUAUGAUUCAAUGGAGGACAAUUUGAUAAGCAUGAGGGAAGACCAUUCUUUUCAUGUUCGCUACAGAAUGGAAGCCUCUUGCCUCGAGCUCGCUUUGGAAGGAGAACGUCUUUGUAAAUCAGGAGACUGCCGGGCAGGUGUGUCAUUCUUUGAAGCUGCAGUUCAAGUUGGGACUGAAGACCUAAAAACACUUAGUGCUAUUUACAGCCAGCUGGGCAAUGCUUACUUCUAUUUGCAUGAUUACGCCAAAGCGUUGGAAUAUCACCAUCAUGACUUAACUCUUGCAAGAACUAUCGGAGACCAGUUGGGGGAAGCCAAAGCCAGUGGUAAUCUGGGAAAUACCUUAAAGGUCCUUGGGAAUUUUGAUGAAGCUAUUGUUUGUUGUCAGCGACACCUAGAUAUUUCUAGGGAGCUUAAUGACAAGGUUGGAGAGGCCAGGGCACUGUACAACCUUGGGAAUGUGUAUCAUGCCAAAGGGAAAAGCUUUGGCUGCCCUGGUCCCCAGGAUGUUGGAGAAUUUCCAGAAGAAGUAAGAAAUGCUCUGCAGGCAGCUGUGGAUUUUUAUGAGGAAAACCUGUCCCUGGUAACUGCAUUGGGUGACCGAGCAGCCCAAGGACGUGCCUUUGGGAAUCUUGGAAACACACAUUACCUCCUUGGCAACUUCAGGGAUGCAGUUAUAGCUCAUGAGCAGCGUCUCCUUAUCGCCAAAGAGUUUGGAGAUAAAGCGGCUGAAAGAAGAGCCUAUAGCAACCUUGGAAAUGCAUACAUAUUCCUUGGUGAAUUUGAAACUGCUUCAGAAUACUACAAGAAGACGCUGCUGCUGGCUCGGCAGCUUAAAGACAGAGCUGUGGAAGCGCAGUCAUGCUACAGCCUUGGGAACACGUACACUUUACUUCAGGACUAUGAGAAAGCCAUUGAUUAUCAUCUGAAGCACUUGGCCAUCGCUCGAGAGCUAAAUGACAGAAUUGGUGAAGGAAGAGCAUGUUGGAGCUUGGGAAAUGCGUACACCGCUCUGGGAAAUCAUGAUCAAGCGAUGCAUUUUGCUGAAAAGCACUUGGAAAUUUCAAGAGAGGUUGGUGAUAGAAGUGGUGAGCUAACAGCACGACUGAACCUCUCAGAUCUUCAGAUGGUUCUUGGUCUAAGCUACAGCACAAAUAAUUCCAUAAUGUCUGAAAAUAUUGAAAUAGAUAACAGCUUGCAUGGUGCACGCCCAAAGUUGGGACGUCGACACAGUAUGGAAAAUAUGGAACUUAUGAAGUUAACACCAGAAAAGGUACAGAACUGGAACAGUGAAAUUCUUGCUAAACAAAAACCUCUUAUUGCCAAACCUUCUGCAAAGCUACUGUUUGUCAACAGAUUGAAGGGGAAAAAAUACAAAAAUCAUUCUUCCAAUAAAGUUCUCCAAGAUACCAGUAAUUCCAUUGACCACCGACCUCCAAAUUGUCAGAGGAAAAUCAGUGCAGAUACUGUUGGAGAUGAAGGGUUCUUUGACCUGCUAAGCCGGUUUCAAAGCAAUAGGAUGGAUGAUCAGAGGUGUUGCUUGCAAGCAAAGAAUUGUCACAGCUCAGCGGCAGCUGCUACGACUACCCCCAAGGUGCAAAAGACUCUGCCGGUCUCUGUGGUGUCCCCCAACACAGACGAGUUUCUGGAUCUUCUCGCCAGCUCCCAGAGCCGCCGGCUGGAUGACCAGAGGGCCAGUUUCAGUAACCUGCCAGGACUUCGUCUGACACAGAGUAACACUCGGUCUGUUCUCGACCACCUGAUGACUAAAGACAGCAGGGAGCCCGAUGAAGACUUCUUUGACAUCCUUGUAAAAUGCCAGGGGUCCAGAUUAGAUGACCAAAGAUGUGCUCCACCACCUGCUGCCACAAAGGGCCCCACAGUACCAGACGAAGACUUUUUCAGCCUUAUUUUACGGUCGCAGGCAAAAAGAAUGGAUGAACAGAGAGUUCUUUUACAAAGAGAUCAAAACAGAAACACUGGAUUUGGACUAAAGAACCUUUUGCAAAGUUAACAAUGCUCUGUUAGAAUU